ACGACAACCACUGUCGCACCACAUCUUCUUCAGAUAAGAUUAAGGCGUUGUCUCGUAAAGGCGGCUCACCUGAAAUAUGUCGUAUGGUCACCGAAUGAGCCAACAGUUCCAUGGCUCUCAGCAGCACCACAAUAGAGGCGGCCGCAAGAAAGAAGAUGAGAAUGAUGCGUUAAUGCGCCUGCCAGACAAGGAGAUCGCAGGAUGUAUCAACGACAUCGGCAUCCCGUUCACUGCCGCCGACCUCAUCAAGCCAAACCCGCAGCAGAUUCAGAUGGUCUUCGAAUGGUUUGCCGAACUCCUUAUGAACAACACCCGCGAGACGGUGGAACCAGCAAUGCGCGCAGCGGCGGACGAUGUAUGCGGCGACUAUCCGGACAUUGUGCCAACCGACACUCGCAACUUGAUGGGAUUCUUUACCGGGCUGCGGCGAUUGAUGAUGGAGUGCGGUGUCAACGAUUUCACUUUUACCGACCUGACGAAACCUACGCACGACCGUCUCAUCAAGAUCUUCUCUUAUCUCAUCAACUUUGUUCGUUUCCGUGAAUCACAAACCCCCGUCAUAGACGAGCAUUUCAACAAGGCAGAAAAGACGAAAUCACGCAUCGAUACUCUUUACGCCGAGAAUCAGGAGAUGGAACAGCGUUUGGAGGAGAUGCGCCGGACGCUGAAGGCCAACGAGGCCCAAGUCAAGGACAAAGUCCGGAGAAACGAUGAAUUGAAGGCGCGGCUCCUGGAACUGAGGCGGAACCAGGAACGAGUGGCGGAGACAUUGGAGCGAGUCAAGGCGGAUAAGGCUCGACGACAGGCGCAACUCGAAGAGAGGACGGAGAGUGUGGUGCGCACCCGACAAGAGGUCGAAAAGCUACGGCCUUACGUGAUGGAGAGUCCCGCCUCUCUUAGGUCAUCCCUGGCUGAACUUCAGGAGAGUCUAAACCGCGAGAGGGCCCAGAUUGAUGCGAUGGAAAAGCGGGCAAGAGCCUUGCAAACCUCGUCAGAUACGUUUACUGUCGUCAGCAACGAUGUACAGGCCUGUGUGAAGCUUCUUGAGGAUAUUUCCGUCGAGCUCCAAAAGGAAGAGGAAGAAGAGUCGAGAGCUUCUAGAAACAGAGAGGCUAUUUCCGAACGAGGUAAUAAUGUCAGGGAGGUGGAACAGACAGAGAAAUUGCUGCAACGGCAAUUGACGCGGUGGAAUGAACGAAUCGAGGCCUUAAGAAAGAACGCGCAAGAGAAGGCUGAAGCAGCGCAGGCCCGCAUGGAAGAGCUUCGGGAGGUCCAGAAACAGCUUCGUGAGGAGCGAGGUGAGAAGCAGCGCGAUAUGGAGCGUCGGAGAAUUAGAAUCGAGCAGACCGAGAAAAAGAUGGCCGACUUGAAAGAGAACAUCGAAAGCGAGAUUCAAAGUGCCCACGACGAGUACUUGAAGCUGGAGUCACACAUCAAACUUUACAUCACUGACAUGGAAAAAUGCUUAUGAUUUGAGGCAAUCUACAAGGGGCCAACUUCGGGAGUUUAUGGAUCGGUUCUAGGAUACCCGUACGAUUAAGCUAUUGCAUUGUGGG